AUGACCAUCGAAGAAGCAAUAAUAUAUAAGAAGCAGAAUCCUCAGGAGAGCCUAGCCAACGCAGCAAAGCAUGGCAAAGUGCCAAAAUCGACUUUACAUGAUCGCCUGAAGGAUACCCAUGCUCCUAGAGGGGAGAGGACCAAGCGGCACCUCUCUGUUCAACAGGAGGUCGCUCUCAUCGAUAAAAUCAACUCCUAUUCUCAGAGAGGAACCCACUUGACCCCCCAGCACAUCAGACAGCUUGCUGUGGCGAUCUCAGAAGAGAAGAUAGGAAGGAACUGGGCGAGUUCCUUUUUAAGAAGGCAUAAGGAGGAUUUAUCUUCGAAAUAUUUCAAGAUACAAGAAGCUUCUAGGAUGAAAUCGGACACAGGUGCCAAUAGAAAGGCUUUCUAUACCCUUGUCAAAGCGGCAUAUGACGACUAUCACUACCUCUCUUCGAACAUUUUCAAUAUGGAUGAAGCCCCUUUCAACAUGUCUACCGAUAGAAAGGUCAAACGGGUCGCUCCCAAGUAUAAACCGACCACUUCUCAAGCUGCUUUGGCAAACGACUGUCACAUCACAGUGGUAGCUACCAUUUCGACCUCUGAUGCCCCUGUUCCGCCUUUCCUCAUCUAUUCGGGCGAAUAUUUCAUUGAAGAAUGGGCAGAUGUGAAAGAUAAGGAUCCCCUCUUGAUGGCUGCGGUCUCAAAGACAGGUUAUAACAAUAGUUAUUACAUGAUGAACCAGACACUAAGAGCAUUAGAUAGGACAGUUAGAAGGGGAGAAAUCGAUCUGAAAACCGCCUUUAUGAAGACCCAAAGAGCAUUGGAUAAAAGCUUUGCAGAGGUGGCCUUGAUUGGGGAGGAUACCAGGAAGCGAAAAGCGGUGGAGGAGUUGGAUAAAGAGGUCCAAGGUACUGGGAAACGUACUAGGUACCCUCAAGGACAGGUAUUCGAUCCCAGAUAUAAGAGGGAACAUGCUGCAGAGCUGGCGGAAAGGAAGAAGAAGCAGUUGGAGGAGAGAAGGAAGAAAGCGGCAGCAGAAUUGCGAAAUAAGCAGGGAGAGGGCUCAAAGCGUGAGAAUGCAUGCAGAAGACCUACGAGUAGGGCUACGCCAAAGCACUACAGCACAGCUUGCUUAGAGCUUGAGGAAUGUGAUGAAGAGUAG